AAUGUCACGAGUGGAAUAGACGUCAAAGUUACAAAUUGAUAAUCCAAUAUGACGUACAUAUUUAGGUGAUUAUAACUAUUGUGUGUUACCUUUCAAGAGUCGAACUCUGUAUAGUAAAGAUAAAGUCGUGUACUUGUGAGCGGUAUUUUCGAUUGUUACGUGAGCGGCCAGUCAGCUGUAGUGAGUAGCAGGGCGAUAGACUCAAGUGUACAGUGUGCAGUGUACAGUGUAGUUAGUGUUCAGUGUGGAUCGGCGCGGCGCGGCGGCGGGAGGCGGCGGUGUACCACGUAAGGAGAUGAAGAUGCAGAGGUCCAAAGUGAGGCAAGAGCCACCUGAUGGAGGCUGGGGCUGGUUCGUGGUUCUGGGCUCAAGCUUUAUCAAUUUAUUUACAAGAUCCAUUGAGCCGUCUUUUGGGCUGCUGUUUGGAGAUCUGCUGAAGGACCUGGGGGUGGCCACCACUGGAGCCGCCAUCAUCAUGAGUGCUCUAGAUGCUGUAAUCAACUUCUCAGGUUUCCUGGUUGGACCACUGAUAAAGAAGUACUCCUUCCGAAAAGUUGCGUUUAUGGGAGCUGCUCUCAGUGCUACAGCAUUGAUGGCUACAGCACCUGCUCGCAGCAUGACACAUAUAUUUAUAACAUACAGCCUGAUGGGAGGGCUCGGAUUUGGUUUGGCAACUUCGUCAACGUUUGUGGCACUGAACAGCUACUUUAGCAAGAAGCGAGGGCAGGCGGUGGGCUUGGCUAUGACUGGUACAGCGCUUGGCUUUAUGGCGAUGCCGCAGAUCAUCAGCCGAUUGCUGGAGGAAUUUGAGUUCUGUGACACAAUGCUGAUCAUCGGAGCCUUGGGCCUCAACGCGCUUGUGGGAGCUUCACUGCUUCAGCCUGUCAAGUGGCAUUUACGCAGUGUAGUCAUCGAGGAGGAGACUCUUCUGGCUAAUGAUGGAGGAAAAGCGGAAGAGAAUGAAAAUGAACUAAAACUUCCACAAGAUUCUGGCCUGAAGAGGCAAGUGAGCCAGACCGAUAGCUGUUGUUCCAAGCGACACACUGCUGUCGGCAUGCCUCGCAACAGCUCAAACAAUAGCUUUAUCGGACCUCGCAAAAGAAAAACAUCAACGAUAUCCAAUGUUUCCCAUGUUGAUUUAAUGGGUAGUACCAUGCAUGUACACAUCGAAACUGACAGUGAAGAUGAAGAUCAUGAACACAUUAGUGAAGUUGAAAAUGGCCAACUAAAGUCAAACAAUAAUUCAAUUACAAAACGAUCUACCUCACAGGACAUUAAGAAAGGAACUUCUCAUAAAGACGGUUGCUGGCACAGAUUUUCUAGUGUGAUGGAUUUUGAUCUGCUGUUAAACGUUUCUUACUUGAACAUUUUAUUUGGCCUUUCGCUCUCAUACAUAGCCGAGAUGAAUUUUAAGCUUAUAAUUCCCUUCUUUAUGGCCAACUUAGGUUAUACCAAAAGGGACACAGCCCAGGCACUUACAAUGAUGGCUGUCUCAGACUUAGUGGCCCGUGUCGUCAUGCCACCCAUUUACGACAGACUCUCAUAUUCCCGGAAAUCAACACUGAUGUUUGGCCUAACUUGUGUUGCCAUCGCACGAUCAGUUUUAGCAGAACAAACCUCCUGGACCAGAUUGAUGGCAGUGUUAGUGAUCCAUGGAUUUUUUCGUGGCUUUACCCUUAUCAACAACCCCCUCGUAAUAUCUGAAGCUGUGGCCCCAGUAAAGUUUCCUGCAGCCUAUGGUCUGUCCAUGGUGGCUAAGGGCAUUUUCAUAGUAGCCCUAGGACCUUUAGCUGGUUGGGUAAGAGAUUUCACAGGAAGUUACUCUCUCUGUCUUCACAUUCAGUCGCUCAUGAUCAUGAUCUCUGUCCUGGUUUGGUUCAUUGAGCACCUGCUUACGUCACACAGGAAACCAGAAACUGUUGAGCCGUCAUAACAAACAUUGUUGAAGAUAUCGAAUGUUAUUAUUGACCAGCAUGUAAGAUAGGUCACCAGUUUUAUUUUGAUCUCCAUCCUACAAUGAAGAUUAGAAACCCGUCAACAACAUUUCUAAAAUGAUAAUAUACACAACUAUAUGUAUGUUUGAACAAAUUUCUUCAACACGCAUAUGAUAAAACUAUUGUUAUUUAUGUAAGAACAAUGUUUAAUUGAUUGUCAACUAUUAAUUAUUACAAUAUCAUGUGACAUCACACAGUUAACUAAAAAAAAGAAUAGAAUUGUUAUGAUUCUAUAAGAAAAUCCAAUCUUUGAAUAGUGUAACUAGGACUUGGUUUUAGGGGCAUGAAUCUGAUUGAAUCUGGUUCUAUCUGCUUUCAUCCCUCUCUUCGUUAUGUCAUUGAAACCUGUUGAUAUAGAUUAAGAAAAUGAAACCAAAAUUUGUUUUGUAAGCAGAGCACCUAAUUUGUUUCUGCUUAUGGUUGGUCAUUGUUAGUAAUAUAAAACUGUGGUUUAGUUACUUGUACGUAAUACUGAAUUGUAUAAUGCAAUUUUAGUAAAAACAUUUGUGAACACAUAGUUUAAGAUUCGGACAGAAUAGAAACUACAAGAGGGGUUAGACAAGUCCAAGCAAGUCAAAGGGGUGACAUCACUUGAAGGUUAAUUGUAGAUAGUUGUAUUUCCUGGAAGAGCUGACACCAAUUUUUGUUUAUAUCGGAUUAUUACUCUGUGUUCAGUGUUGUUUUGAAUUGUGUAAGUUGAAAAAAUGGAAUAGUUUCCAAAAAUUGUACAGAGUGGCGAGUGCUUUAAAGAUGUUUUACAGGUUGUUUGAACUGAAUCCAAGAGAAUGUUUGUUGCUGUUUAGUCACUAUACAUGAAAUACGAAUUUACUACCAUGCAGUGUGUUGAAAAAGAAUCCAACCUUAUAUUUUAUUAUGCAAGGAAGGAACUGAAAUGAGGUACAUGCUGGUGUAUACUAGAUCAGGUGUGAAAAAAAUAAUACAUACAUAUGUUCUUAAAACUUACAACUGCGGCAAUGAACUGCCAUUAAAGAAAAAGAAAAGCAAGGGAUCGUACCCGAAAACUGCUUGAAGUCCAUACAGAAGAAAAUGAACUCAGGCUUCGUCACUGCACAGAAAUCAACACUACAAACACAUGUCACACCAGCACAAGUGAAAGUGGAACACUAACAAUAAAAUCAAUGUUAGCAUUUCUUGUAGUAUUGUGGUGUCAUCUGAAACAAUGAGGCAUGAAGGCGCUGGUCGGGAGGAAGAAAGGUUAAGGCAGCUGCUUCCAGCCCUAUGGGUUCUAAACCUUGUAAGCAUGGUGUUUUGUUGUUUGAGGUUUGUUUGAUUGUUAAAAUCUUUAUAGGUUUCCUAGUUUGUUCUUUUUUGAUAUUAAUAACUUGAUAAACCUCAACCGAGGUUUGACUUAGCGGAUGGUCUGCUAAUAUUUUGUAUGAAGCCUCAAUAAGUUUGCCUUUGAACAAAUUCUCCUCAAAGUGUAAUAUGUUGGCUAUUGUAUUUUCUAAUCUUGCUGUUGAGCUAUUUUAGUCUUUUCCACUAGCCCUUUUUUGUAUUUUCUUUAUAUACUUCAAUUAUUACACUUGUGGUCUUUUUGUACUCUUUCUAACUUAACUAUUCUGAAAUUGUUCAAAUACAAUAAAGUGCCUGUUUAAAUUUUUUAAACAUUCCCAAGUUACUUCUUUGGAUGAUUUGAUAGUUUCAUCCAUUUUGUAUUAUUAUUAUGUAACUCUUCAAAAUAAAUAUGACAAUAGAUAUGAAAGGGUGUUCAUUUCUUAUAAGUACUUAGCUUUAAUAGUGAGAAUCAACUGCAAAUCAUAGUCUUAUCGGAAUAAAAUUAUUUAAACAUCUAUAUUAAUUUAUAUGUUUAAUUGGCUGAUUCUAACCAAUUAGAACAAUUUAAAAAAUAUAAUCAAUACUUUAAACCAUCUGAUGGGGUCAAAGAAGAUCCUUACUUCUUGAAUGUUUUAUAAUAUGAUAGACUUUUGGUGAUAAGAAUAAAUUAUUUAUCUAUUGUAUUCAGUCUCUGCUAUAGCUUCAAAGCAAGCAUGUGUUCAAGAAACUUGUGUUCAACUAUAACAAGUUUCUCUAUUUCCAUUAUUUCAUAUUAUUGUAUAUAACAAAACUAUAUACAUCUUUUGGAAAGUUUUUAAAAUACUAUUUUUUGGUGGUGUAAGAGGGAUUGGGAGGUGGGGAAUUCGAUUGAAGAGUACACCUUCAAUAUGGUGUAUGGAAUAAAUCUGAAUACACCUGGAUUUAAAUAAAUUAUAUAGGCCUAAUUCAAAGUAAGACAUUUAACUCUGUGUUUCAAACAAGUAUAAUUGCAGUUAUACUAUAUUUUUUUAUUUUUUUAGACCUAUUAUGGGGGGUGUUCUACCCCCUCACCAUCUCCCCUCUUAGUUACACCACUGCUACUUGUGUUAAAAGCCAGCUGAAAUAAAAUGAAAAUGAGUUUUAUCAUGAGGAGUUCAGUUAAACUUCAAACACUGUAUACCUUCAUUUUUGCCAUAGAUUGAGUAAUGAAUUAUAUCAUUUCAAAGAUACGAUUGAUACUAAUCGAAAAACUUGUGUUUUUCUUGUAAAGUAUAUACCGGUACUUUUGGAACAUAAAAAAUAAAGUUUGAUUGAUAUUUAAUUAAUGCAAAUAUUUUAAAAAUUUAAAGAAUUUGGAUGUCUAUUGAUCAUGCGUAUUGUAAAAAAUGUGUAAUUUGUCAUACAUGGGUAAGUACUUUAUUAGAACUUGCAUCAAUUAGACUUCCUAUGUGGAUGCCUUUUGCUUUUUUUAUUCGUAUGUUUUAUUUUGGUAUAAUUUUAUCUUAUGCAUGUUUGUGGCUACUCAUCUGAGGCAAAUUUACUGCAGUACUUAAUACAAUAUUCUAACUUGAGGUUUUACUAAUAUAGUAGAACCUCAAUAACAUAAACACAUUAAAAAUAGCCAAAUAUUCAGUCAUUUUAGGAGAACAUCUUAAUCAUUACAAUAUUACAUUUAAAACUUAGAAAUUUUAUAGCAUCAAAUUUGUACCUUUAUAAUAUAGAAUAAGAAAUUGGCCUAACCUCUAAGUCAUAGAUUGGACAACAGUCAAACCUAUAAGCACUACAAAGUUUUCUGCAAAAACCGCGCUAAGGAAACACUUCUGUCAAGAAUACCUUGAUAAAACAAAUUUUCAUUAAUCUUCAGAACUGGGUUACUGAAGUUAUAGAUAUUUCACUAACCAAGAUAGAUAUUCCAAGCAAGAUAAAACUAAAUGAUUGCACUACAGAAUAUUUUAUAAUAGUAAACUGAGCAUAAUAGAACAUUAUGUUUAAUGUAUUGUUAGCACAGAAAAUCAUUUUGGAAAAAUGUUUCUUAGAUCACUAGUAAUACUUGUGAUAGAAAUGUUUCAAAAGACAAUGUGCCUAUUACUAGUUAUUUUAUACAGUAUUGUUAAAUUUGAGUACAUAACUAAAUAAAUUAUUUUUAUAACAAUA